UACAUAUUUCUCAGAGCACCAUGGACUGCUUGAAGGGAGAGUUUGAGGUGGAACCAGGAGAUGGUGGAUCACGGUGUGAAUAUUUGAAGGAGAAGGGGAUUGUCACCUACCUUGUAAUAGUACCCAAGCAGCCACUGAAGAAUGGGAUCAAUGGUGUGAAGCUGUCUGUCUCGUCAUCCCAUGGGAACUCGCCACAGCUGAUCAACACCAAAGAAUGCAAUGGGAGCAUUAACACUACUUGUACCACCCCAGAUGAAGCGGAGGACCUGGACACCCGAGUGGUUAACCCUUCCUUUCCCAACCCUCGGAGGCGCCUGCGGCUGCGUGACCUAGCAGAGAGGGUAGUGGAUGCUUCACAGAACGAACAGGAGCUCAACAAAUUGCUCAAUGAAGCCUUGUUGGAGAGGGAGACCGUGCAGGUGCUAAAAGGCAAAUCCACCUACCGCCUGUCCAUGCGCUUCAUUGACCCUGAGAUGGAGACACGCUACUCUGUGGAGAAGGAGAAGCAGAGCGGGGCCGCCUUCAGCUGCUCAUGCGUUGUCCUCUUCUUUACCGCCCUGGUGGAAAUCUUCAUUGAUCCGCGGCUGGUGGCAAAUUAUGUGACGUUCGUCGUUGGAGAGGUUCUGCUGCUCAUCCUGACCCUUUGUUCACUGGCUGCCAUUUUCCCCAGGGUUUUCCCCAAAAAGCUUGUGGCUUUUUCCACUUGGAUUGAUCGCACCCGAUGGGCCAGGAAUACGUGGGCUAUGUCCGCCAUUUUCAUCCUUACGAUGGCAGACAUUGUAGAUAUGCUCAGCUGCCAGCAAUAUUACACAGUCAUCAAUGUCACUACAUCGACAUCGGAGCUGCCUUUGGGGACCUGUGUGGAGAACCCCAAGUACUAUAGCUACAUCGCUGUGCUGGCGCUCAUUGCCACCAUUAUGCUGGUGCAGGUCAGCCACAUGGUCAAGCUCACCCUCAUGCUGAUGAUCACUGGGGCCGUGGGGGUGGUGAACAUCUACGCCUGGCGACACAUCUUCGACACGUACGACAAGCAGAGGUUCCUGGAGACCACGUCCAAACUUGUUCCAUCCAAGUACUCCAUGACAGUGAUGGUGUCUAUUAUGAUGCUGAGCUUCUAUUAUUUUUCACGCCAUGUGGAGAAGUUGGCCAGGACUUUAUUCUUGUGGAAGAUUGAUGUGCAUGAUCAGAAGGAGCGCGUGUACGAGAUGAGGCGUUGGAACGAGGCCCUUGUUGCCAACAUGCUGCCAGAGCAUGUGGCUCGACAUUUCCUUGGCUCCAAGAAACGGGAUGAGGAGCUGUACAGUCAGUCUUAUGAUGAAAUUGGUGUCAUGUUUGCCUCUCUCCCAAACUUUGCGGACUUCUACACGGAGGAGAGUAUCAACAAUGGUGGGAUCGAGUGCCUGCGCUUCCUCAACGAGAUCAUCUCAGAUUUUGAUGCGUUGCUGGACGAGCCCCAGUUUCGGUGUAUCACCAAGAUCAAAACCAUUGGCAGCACAUACAUGGCCGCUUCUGGAAUGACUUCAGAUGUCAGCACCAAUGGAUACAAUAAUGCUGUUAAGAAGGAAGAUCUUUCUGAAAAGGAGCGCUGGCAGCACUUAGCCGAUCUUGCUGACUUUGCCUUAGCCAUGAAAGAGACGUUGAUGAACAUCAACUACCAGUCCUUCAAUAACUUCAUGCUGCGAAUAGGCAUGAACAAAGGAGCCGUGCUGGCAGGAGUCAUUGGUGCCCGCAAGCCUCACUAUGACAUUUGGGGGAACACAGUGAAUGUAGCCAGCCGAAUGGAGUCUACAGGAGUCAUGGGAAAUAUACAGGUGGUGGAAGAGACCCAAUUGAUCCUGAAGGAACAUGGUUUCCGCUUCUUGCGCCGAGGGCCCAUCUUUGUUAAAGGCAAAGGAGAACUGCUGACCUACUUCAUGAAAGGCCGAGACAAGCAAGGCUCUUUUGUCAAUGGCUCCUCCGUGACUUUGCCUCACCAGGUGGUAGACAGCUCAUGACGACUCUUGGGCUCUCCGUAAGCCGGUUGCAGAUCAGAGCAGGUACCAAAGUGAGGAUGCCCCAAAAUGGUUUUCAGUGAUAACACCAGGUGGGAGACUGAUACCAACACCAUAACCACAGACAUUUACUUUUCUGAGACACCACUCCCCACCCCCUUUGCCUGUUCCUUUCUUCUGAACAUGUGUUACUCGUAUGGGGGCUCUCCUCAGCAUCUGUCUUUGCAUUGGGUGUAGAUGUGGGGAAAGGAGAUCUUGGUAGGAGAGUCCUAUGUUUUGCACAAGGGCCUUGCACACAUUUGUGUCUGAAUGUAGUCAGGGGAGGCUGGAUCCCCAACGCAGCAUUGCUCAGGUAGGACUGCCUUGCCCAAUACCCCUGCUGUGCAUCUAUCUUUUUAGUCGACAUGAGGGGCGGGUGUCGUGGCUUUUUUAAGUGGUCACAGACCUAACCUUUGCAUAGAGCUUAUUGCUGGAAUAAAUUGCAAACUCAGGGUAGGUGUUAACAGCAAGCAGCUAUCUGGGAGAGAAAGCCAUGCUAGGGCACGCAUGGGAUUUAUUUUUCAUAAAGUAAGCACACAUUUGCCACCAAAUCACCAUGGCUAGGGAGAAAAAAAGCUCAACCUCUUUCUUUUGCCGCUAAGAUAUAUAAAUGACAGAUUAACUUUAUAUUUUUAAUUGCGUCUUAAUUCCAAAAGCGGGGGAGGAGGGGACUCAGAGUGCCCUUCUGCUGCUCUCGUGUCUGCUCUUGCUCAGAAGGAAAAGAUUUAUAAGGCCUGGUCGAAGACUGUUUUUAUUACUGCCUUCAUCCAAUUGGUACGUUGAAUUCACAUAAAAAUUGUAAUUAUUUCUCUAGUUUCUCAAAUAGAAUCAGUUGGAUUUUAA